GCGGGGCUGCGUUUUAGAAACCGGACCGUGAAGCUUUGCGCUUCCUCUUUCCAGCCAGCGCCGAGCGAUGGGCAUCUCUCGGGACAACUGGCACAAGCGCCGCAAGACCGGGGGUAAGAGAAAACCCUACCACAAGAAGCGGAAGUAUGAGCUGGGACGGCCUGCAGCCAACACUAAGAUUGGCCCUCGCCGCAUACACACAGUCCGAGUUCGAGGGGGCAAUAAGAAGUACCGUGCUCUGAGAUUGGAUGUGGGGAACUUUUCCUGGGGCUCUGAGUGUUGUACUCGAAAAACAAGGAUCAUUGAUGUUGUCUACAAUGCAUCCAAUAAUGAGCUUGUCCGCACCAAGACCCUGGUGAAGAACUGCAUUGUGCUCAUUGACAGCACACCGUACCGGCAGUGGUACGAGUCCCACUAUGCACUGCCCCUGGGCCGCAAGAAGGGGGCCAAACUGACUCCCGAGGAGGAAGAGAUUUUAAACAAAAAACGAUCAAAGAAAAUUCAAAAGAAAUAUGACGAAAGGAAAAAGAAUGCCAAAAUCAGCAGUCUUCUGGAGGAACAGUUCCAGCAGGGCAAGCUUCUCGCCUGUAUUGCCUCAAGACCAGGCCAGUGUGGCAGAGCAGAUGGCUAUGUGCUCGAAGGCAAGGAGCUGGAGUUCUAUCUGCGGAAGAUCAAAGCCCGGAAAGGCAAAUAACCAUCCUUCAUAGCUCGUGUAAUAAAGGUGUUUGCUGUUAUAUGUAUAUUGUCUGGGUGUUUGGAUAGAUUUUUUUUUUCCUGCUCUGUGAGCAAACCUGAGGAAACUAUCUUCACUGUGCAGCUGUACUGUAGGGGCCCAGUCCUUGAAAGCCAGACUUGUUUUGAGAACGAUUUAAAGUGAAGCCAGAAUUCCCCUGGACUUGAGUGUGGAUUGGUGUGGCAGAGGCUAAUAAACUCUACUGUGCUGAGUUCUAACAA